AUGUCGCAGGAACAUAAUACGAAACUAUCGAAACUGGACUUCUAUCAAAUUCUGGGGAUAACUAUUGAUGCCGAGGAAAAGGAGAUUAAGAAAUCGUACAGACAAAGAGCUCUUAAAUGUCAUCCGGAUAAGAAUCCAGAUAACCCAUUCGCUGCUGAUGAAUUUGACAAACUUAAGAAAAUUCUUGAGAUUUUGUUAGAUCCAGGAACACGUAAAGCAUAUGACAAGACCCUCAAGAGUCGUAAAGCAGCAGCUGCCAGAGCCCGUGAACAUGUUACCAGAUCACAGAAACUAAGGUCAGAUUUGGAGGAACGGGAACGACGUGUUCAACGCAGUAGGGAACAGCAAGAUAUGUCAGAAGAAGAACAGUUUCGACGUGAAUUGAAAAGAUUGGACAAGGAGGGCGAGCAACUUAUUUUGGAGGAACUGGAUCGAGUAAAUAGGGAGGUAGGGGCAGAGCUUUUUCGGGGUUCAUCUAAAGUCUCCAAAAGCAGUGAACCUCCAGCUAUGGACACACGGGGUCACAAAGUUAAAGUUAAGUGGAUGUCAACAGACGAUUGGCCAGGGUAUUCCCAGCAGGAAAUUAACCAACUCUUCUAUAAGUGGGGAGACAUCAAUGCUCUGGUUAUGGUGCAGAAAAAUAGAAAAGGAACAGCAUUAAUAGAAUAUAAGACCAAAAAUGCAGCGGAUAUGGCAGUGCAGUUUGAGAGAGGUCAAACUGGCAAACCAGUAAAAGUUACACACAUGUGA